UGCGGAAAGAAACACGCGUUUUUAUCUCGAUUAUAUUAUGAUUAUUUUUUACUUUUUAAACCAGUUUAUAAUCAGCAUGUUUAAUGUAGACAAUUAUUGUCGUAGUGAGACGGUAAAUUAACAGUAAAUAUAGCUACAUUCAAUGAAAGAACUGCAGGAAAAGGGUUAGUGUAUGUGUAUAGUGUUUAGGUCGCAGCGAAAGUCGCCUCGAUGUGUGACUUGGAAACAGACAUGUUGGCAUACAUCGUAGUUCCGUGGUCAUGUCUCGUUCGUCUACGGAAUGUUAUAAAGCUUAAUGUAUGUGAGCGAACAGUGGCAGAGGUUACAUAGUAAAUAGUAACAGUAAGUAUUAAGUACAAACAGUUCGCGCCAAUUGCUCUUGCGGGGCGCACGUAUGUUGUCCUUAUCGAGAGCCGCGCUCGUAUCGGCUACGAGUUCAUAAGUAAACAUGUUAAUACAAAACAUUAAGCGUUAUGUGCCACUUUACCCAGUGUUGGGAAUCCUCGGGGCUUACGCACAUGCAUUGACAGUGAUUCCUGCUUGCAAUUCGUCGAUUUUCUGUUCCGGUGAACUUCUACAGAGGGUACAACUCGCGAGGAUAUUUCCCGAUUCCAAAACGUUUGUUGAUCUCAAACUUAUGUACACAUCCAAAGAAACGCUUGAUGAUUACGCGAAAUUAAUGCACGAGACUCAUCAGAAUCCAACACGAGAACAGUUAUCAAAUUUCCUGGAUCAACAUUUCUCGAAUGGCAAUGAACUUGAAGAUUGGCAGCCACCGGAUUUUGACCCGAAUCCGCCAGUUUUAGAAGAAAUCUCAGAUUUGAAGCUUCGUGAGUUUGCAAGGAAUGUAAUUGGUAUCUGGGCUAAAUUAGGUCGAAAAGUGAGUCCCGAUGUGGAUAUAAAUUCCCAACAGUAUAGUUUCCUAUAUGUCCCAAACGGAUUCAUUGUUCCUGGGGGACGUUUUAAAGAGAUCUAUUAUUGGGAUUCAUUUUGGAUAGUUCGUGGCCUUCUCAUCAGCAACAUGACUGAAACAGCUCGAGGAGUGAUUGAAAAUCUGUUAUAUCUAGUUGAAAAAAUAGGUUACGUACCUAAUGGUAGCCGAAUUUAUUAUUUGGGAAGAAGUCAACCGCCAUUAUUGGCUGCAAUGAUGGCAAGUUAUUUUGCUGUGACCGGAGACCUCUCGUGGUUGAAGAAGCACCUUCCAACUGUCGAAAAAGAAUUACAGUAUUGGCUGGAGAAGAAAAAAGUAACAAUAGAGGUAAGAGGACAGAAAUAUUUACUUCUUAGAUAUAUUGCUGACCGUCUAGAUAACGGCCCACGGCCAGAAUCAUAUUAUGAAGACUUUAACAGUGCUAGGAAUUUGCCAAACGAUAAUAUGCGAGAAGAUUUUUAUGCCGAGAUGAAAAGCGCAGCGGAAAGUGGCUGGGACUUCUCCACGCGUUGGUUUGUGACUGCAGAUAACAGUGUAGUUGGUAACCUUACCGAUGUCCACGCAUCCCGGAUAGUUCCUGUUGAUCUUAAUGCAAUAUUCGCUGGUGCUCUCGACUUAGUUGGUGACUUUCGCAACAGGCUAAAAGACAGAAGAGAAGCUCAGAAAUGGUGGAGCUUAGCAAAAUAUUGGCGUAGUGCAAUAGAUAAUGUGUUGUGGGACCCGUCAGAUGGCGUUUGGUAUGAUUAUGAUAUUGAAUCCAAGUCUCUUAGAAGACACUUUUACGCUAGUUGUGCAACACCUCUCUGGUCUGGUGCUGUUGAAUAUAAUGAUGCUCCACGUUAUGCUUCGAGGCUGGUCAGAUAUCUGCUGUCGUCUGGAGGACUAGAUUUCCCUGGGGGCGUACCCGCGUCAAUAUUACAUUCAGGGGAGCAAUGGGAUUAUCCUAACGCCUGGCCCCCACUGCAGAGUAUUUUAAUUGGAGGCUUGGAAGCCAGUGGGAACGAUGAAGCGAGGAAAUUGGCCAAGGAACAAGCUCGUAUGUGGAUCCAGUCAAACUAUAUUGGUUACGAGAGGUGGAAGAAGAUGUUUGAGAAGUACAGUGCUGUGCAACCCGGUCACCAAGGUGGUGGUGGAGAGUAUAGUGUUCAGGACGGCUUUGGGUGGACUAACGGGGUGGUUUUAGAGUUAUUGCAGAGAUAUGGCAAGGAUAUUAAAUUAGAUGAGGUGUCGGUUGGGAGAUAGUAUCAUAUUAGAUCGAUAUGAGGGCUUAUUUAUACUAUUACUCUUUGUAUUGUUUGCCUCAUGUAAGUUGAUUAGAUACGGAUAUCAAUCAAGUUUGUGGGGUUAUUUCGAGUCUAAGUGUAUAGGAAUGUAAAUAAUAUACAUGGAAUUCCUAAUUAAUUAAAUAAAGCAAUCGGCAUAAUAUAUUUAUGAAGAUAUUAUUAAAUAAGAAAAUUUUAUUACAUAUUUUAGUCGUUUACAAUCAAAAUAAUUAUUUUGUAAAUGACUUAACAUUUAUUUUUAAAUUUGGUCACGAUUUAACCAAUUUUAUAUAAUUAUUGUACAAAUUUUAAAGAUAAACGGUUGUCUUGAAAUUGAUAAAAAUUAUGUCGACACAUCUUAUGCAGAUAGGUCAUGCUGAUAAUAAAGUGUUAAUAAUCUGUAUCAAGAUUAAUUUCUGUGCUGUAAUAAAUAUAUAUAUAUAUAUAUAUAUAUUUUCUUAUGGAAUAGGAGGACAAACGGGCUUACGGGUCACCUGUUGGUAAGUGAUCACCGCCGGCCACAAUCUCUUGCAACACCAGAGGAAUCACAGGAGCGUUGCCGGCCUUUAAAGAAGGUGUACGCGCUUUUUUUGAAGGUGCCCAUGUCGUAUCGUCCCGGAAACACCACACAAGGAAGUUCAUUCCACAGCUUUGUAUAAUAUAUAUAACGCAUGAAAUCUUUAAACACUAUAUGUUCCCAGUAACUAAUAUAUAUUUUAUAAUUGAAUACAUGUUACGCAUAUAAUUGUUGUGAUAAUAUAUUUUAUUAUUGAUAA